CUCGAUGUCCUUCUCUCUCUUCUUAGAUUUCCUUUACUCCUUACACAGACUCCCAGCCUCCUCUUCCCAAACCAUUCGGUAGCCAUCGUUUUUUCUUUUCUCUUCCUCCAGUCAUCAUCGUCGUGUCUCAUGGCUUCCAAAGCCUUCGAUCAGCCCACGAUUCCUCCAUUCUCGUCCCCUAUUCCAUCUCGCAUCCACUCGCCCGAACCAUUUUCACGGACAAAUGAGAUCCAUGUCAGCGAGUAAGCACCGAAAUUGGAAAGGGGAAAGCUGGAUCUGUUGAUUGGUGAUAGAGGUGAUGUGCACGCGAAGCUCCGGCGACUCGGUGAGAUUUCGAUCUCCCUACGGCUGGACUAGAUUUGCAGAUCUGUAAUACUACGAAACACGAAUGGGGUGACCAAAGGCUGGCAUCGGCGUAGAUUGAAGGCCCAAAUGCAUUUUGCAGGUUUUUGUAAAAGGGUAAAGAUCAGAAAGGCCCAAAUGCAUGUUGCAGAUUCUGGUAAAGAAGAAACCAAUUUGAAAAGCCCAAAAAUCUUGGAUCCAAAAGGCCCGAAGAGUUGAUUUCUGGAAUGUUCCUUUUAGGGUUUUUAAGGUUUCUUUGUUUGGGUAUAAAAAGAGGGUUUUAGGUUAGAAAGAGGGGGGUUUUUCUUUUGGUCGAGUCUGGUGUUGACGGCAAAGAAAAGGAAGAAUUUUUCUGCUGGAAGGGGGUCUUUUUGUUUGGGUUGGGUAUUGAGAACGGCGACAGAAAGGAGAGGAGUUUUGCUAGAGGGAGCCGGUGAUUUGGGAGAAGAUUUGGGUCUACCUUUGUAGAUAAUUUUCUGAACAGAGGAGUUUUCUGGGAACGAUGGUGAAUGGGAGCCUAGUCUCGUGGGUGGGAUCCCUCCCAUCAGAUCUGAAUCUACUUUACCUAAAAAAACUCUGCCAUGGGUGUGUUGCUUUGUUUGCCGACUUCUUUUUUUGUAUUUUUCAUUUAAUAUUCAAGAUUGUAUGUGUUUCUUGAGAAAUGAAUGAAAGAUCAUAGAUUUG